AUGGCUUCGGGUCAGACUUCCGUUCCUCACUUGACGACCGUCGCGCUUUCGAAUACGAUGUUGCAUUGCCGUAAGAUCUGCUGCUGGCACUCGCGAUGCUGCCGUGCAGCGACAUACUUGCUCAUUGCUUUCUUCCUGCUGGCUGCCAGCGGUCUUGUUGCCUUCGACUUUCUCUUCGACGAUCUGGAAAGGCGCGAGCUUGUAAAGAACCUUGAGAUCACCAACGGUUCAAUUACUUACCGCGUGUUAACUGAGGACAGCGAAGGUUUAUUUAACAUUACCGUCAUGAGCGUCAUAAACCCAUAUGAAGUCCAGUAUAAAAAGGCAAAACCAAGGCUUAAGACAUACGGGCCUUAUGUUUACAGAAAAAUUGUGAAGAAAAGAAACGUAACAUUAACCGUGGAAGAUGGAAGAAGAUAUAUUCAGUUUGUGGAUUACACGACCUAUCACUUCAACUUAAACCUCUCUUCUGACGAUGCAAAUGAAACCGUCAUCACUGUGCCAAAUUUGGCCAACUCGAUCAUUCGAUAUAUUAUUGAUGAAAGCCAAGGUAAAAUUGGAUCACUUGCGAAGUGGUUCAUUAGUUCAAAGAUGUUUAUUAACAUCACCGUGAAUGACUUUCUCUGGGGAUACGAUGAUUCGGAUUUGUGGUGGCUGAGUUGGUUCAAGUAUUCCGACUCGGGACGGGCUGGUGUACUAAUUGCACUCAACAACUCGAUUACCGGACCGUAUAAAGUAAACACUGGCAUCGGCGACAUCUCAAGAUUGGGCAUAUUGGAAUCUUUUGAAAACAAGACGUACGUACAACAUUAUUUCCACAGACUGCAUGCUUCUUGUCUCAGGAUGAGCAUUCUAGUCUUUACCCUCAUGGGGAACCACAGGUUGACACUGUUAUGGGACGUAUAUUUGCAUUGCCAUAAACCUACAUUCCUAGACCUUGUGAGACAGCGGAAUGGAUGGAAUUAA